UAGUAUUUUGCGAUUCUUGUCUUCUUUAUAACGAUCCAUCUGGUGGUGACUGCUAUGAUAUUCGUUAAAUAUAGAAAAGUUUAUCAACAAUCCGGAACACUGUUUAGUGAAAUGCGACAAGGGAUUGGUCAAAGCUUUUAUAUAUAUCAUGAAGUCGCUUAUAAGGACUUGUUCGAUGAAAUUCAGCAAAAGUAUAAAUGUUGUGCUGUUAACGGACCUAAUGACUGGGAACCAAUAUGGAGGAAUAAAUCUGCUCCAGCUGCUUGCUGUAAGAACAUGCAGCAGAGCAGGUGUGCCAUUAGCGAAGCAUUCCAAAAAGGAUGUCUUGAUUCCCUAUUUGAUGAGCAGCUAUUACACGGCUUAAUUUUUGGUUUUAUUCAUGUUGUACUGGUUGUUUGCGAGAUUAUUACAGCUGCUUUGUCCUUUUACUUGGUAGUUUUAAUAGAGCAAAUAUAAUAAAUACAAGGGAACAAAACAAAAGCUGAAAAAUCGAUUAACCUACGCUGCAUUCUAUAUAACUGAUUAAUACCUGUUGUAAUAAUUGCAAAUACAAAACAUAAA